UGGAAAAACAGCCUGCACAUCUCUUACUUCCUUCUUAAGGCAAGACCUUUUUAAACAUUUUGUCGCCAGGACAGCAGGAUGCUUCCAUGCAGGCUUUGAUUUCUUUCUCUCUUUGUGCUUUCCCCUUCCCCUUCCCUCUCCUAAAUUCCUGCCCUUUGACCCUGACCCUCCCCUUUCCCCACAAUUGCCCCAAACCCUCUAUUCCCUUCUCUAUCUUCACACCCACUUGACCAUGUUGCCAUGUGUCUGCCGGGUCCAUCCUCUCCUUGCCUUUAUCUCAUUUGCCUUGCUGACACGAGGGGAAACCUGUCCAGCCACCUGCAAGUGCCCGGACCCUCACACGGUAGAUUGUAGCGGUCGAGGACUCACUCGUCUCCCAGAGGAGAUCCCGCUGGAUGUGCGCAGAUUGCUGCUGUCCAACAACUGGAUUCCUCGCAUUCCUGCUGACUUUCUAGUGCUUUACAGUGACUUGGUAUAUCUGGAUCUCCGGAACAAUUCACUCUCACACAUUGAACCAGGAACUUUGAGCACAUCUUCUAGGCUAGUUUUCUUGGACUUGGGCAGCAACAACCUGACUGAGAUCCCAAAAGGGACAUUUGGUGAGUCGCGAAGCCUCAUCAAGUUGCGCUUGGGCAACAAUCCUCAUCUGAGUAUGGUCAAUGAGGAUGCCUUCAGGGGCUUGACCUCACUACGAGAACUUGAAUUGGAGCGCAAUGCCCUUUCCAGUCUCCAGGUUGGUGCACUGAGCCAGCUGCCUUCUCUGCGGGUUGUCAGGUUAGAGGGCAACCCUUGGGUGUGCAAUUGCAACUUUGCCAAUCUUUUCGCUUGGUUAGUUGAGAACAGCUACAAGCUUCCAAAUGGUAUGGACAGUAUGGAGUGCUCUUUGCCCACUGAUGGCCGCCGUGUGCCUCUCAGUCAGCUCUCCCAGGACAGUUUCCGGGAGUGUCAGAUCACCCUGACCCUCACUGACUUCCUCAUCAUCAUCUUCUCGGGCAUUUCCGUGUCCGUGGCGGCCAUCAUGGCCAGCUUCUUCCUGGCUUCCACCGUGCACUGCUUCCAGCGUUGGAGCAAAGGUACCAAAGGCGAGGAUGAAGAGAGCGAAGAAUAAGAAUUAGGAAAUCGGAUCAAACACAUCGGACUGUGUGAACAAUCAGACACCAGCUACAUGAGCAAGCAAAGUGGAUAAGAAGAACAACACGGCACACCUGUACUACUAAAAUGGCUGAUUAUUCCCAUCAAUCGAUCAAUCCAUGGGUAAAACGGAAAACAUGGAAAGUAGCCAUAGUAUUUCAAUUUUGUGGUUAAAUUGUUACAUUAUGGUGUAAUGGAUUACAAUCAGUAUCAUAAUAUUCUAAGAUAUUAUUAAUAAUCUAAAAAAAAAAAGACUUGCUGCUAUUUUAUUGUGCCAAAUUAGUGCGGAUAGGAUGGAAAGCCUAAUUAAGAAUGUUUUAAUAGAAACAGGAAAAGUUGCAGGUUGAAGGAAGAAAAAAUGGAAAAAUAGAAGGAAGGAAGGAAACCAUUUAAUCGUUUCCUAUUUUGUCCACAGGUUUAAAAUAAUCAACAAAAAAAUCAUACAAACAAAAAUGUAAGAUAUCUAGAUAAGGAAUGAAAAGCUCAAAUGUUAAAUGCACUUUAAAAAAUAAAUGUCCUCCUACAUCCAGUCUUACCUAAUGGACCUGCCCAGAUCUGCCAAAGAUGAUACUUAGAAAUGACUGACAAUAAGAGUUUUAAAUGAUUUAAAAAGCUGGAGGUGUGUUGCAAAAUAUAUAUAUAUAUAUAUAUAUAGAUUUAUUUUUGCUUUCAGACACGUGUGAAUAUGUAUAAUCAAAUGACAUAUCUAAAUGUAUUUGCGAUACAGCUUAUUUAACUUCAGCAUCAUGCUUCCAGAUAUUCACUUAGUUAUGGAGGCAAGGAAAGAAAUACACUUCUUUCAUGUUGUGAUAUGUCACUGCUUACAUCUUAUUCAAAGAAAAAAAAG